AUGACAGUCCUUUCUUUCUCGCUGCUCCUUGCUCUCCUUCCUUUCACGAUCGCUGAAGACGUCACUCUCUUCUAUCCUGCAACACCGGCGCCGACUGGCUUGACCCAACACAUUGUAUCGGCGACUGUCCUUGGGGUCUCGCCUCUCUCGGUAGACGAUGAUGGCUUUACCCACUACGCCGCCACUCAAGUACAAAGCGUCGGUUUCUGGAGGCUCCCAGAGACGACAACAACCUACCUCACGACUCCUACGACCUUCACCUAUACCUUCAAAGCGGACGCAUCCCGCUACCACGCAACUGAAGAGAUAAUCCCGACGCCGACUUUGUCUCAAUCUGGUGUACCAGCAGCAGCCACCUCCGCCGCCAGAGCCCACUCGGUACAGGAAUGCACCAGCUUCGACAACGGGACGAUGUCUUGCAGCAUAGAGGUUCUCGGUGCACCGUUGUCCCCUUCAGGGACUUCCGAAACGGUCUAUGCAACCAGUUGGCUGGGUCAGAGGGAACCCUUUGCGACGAUUAGCAAUAUCGAGACGUUUAACAUCCCAAGGCCUACACCCCUUGUGAAUGUCGCCAACGCCGGGAAGAUCAACGACGACUCCGAAGAGGCGUCCGGCUCUGGUGCACUUCAGACAGGGACUUCUUGCACGAUGGUGGUUCUCGUCGCAGCCAUGAUCAUGACCCUUCUAUAG